GCCCUGCUGAGCUCCGCAGGCUUGCCCGCUCUGCUUCUGCUCUCCCCCGUUGCUGGACUCCCACGCCUGCAAUGGCUGUCUGCGGGCGCCUGGUACGCCGCACGCCAGCUCUUCUUCGCCAAUGCCAUCGUCCCGCUCCGCCAGCGGCAUGCCGUGCUUUCUUUAGCGCGCCGUCUCCGCUCACUGCUCUGAGAGCCGGCCAUGAGUCAACACCAGUGUCUCGACAGCUGCGAGCUUUCUCCAAGCGCGCCUCCUUCAAUGCCUCGAAUGCUACCCAGGAGGCUCCCAAUGCCAAAGCUUACCUCGACAGCGGUGCUAUCCUGGGGGCUCGUAACCUCGUUGACGUCUCCAAGGUGCUCGUGAUCGGCAGCGGAGGCCUCAGCAUUGGCCAGGCAGGCGAGUUCGACUAUUCAGGAUCACAAGCUCUCAAAGCUUUGAAGGAGGCCGGUGUCCGCUCCGUCCUCAUCAACCCUAACAUCGCGACCAUCCAAACCUCCCACGUUCUCGCCGACGAAAUCUAUUACCUUCCCGUCACGCCCGAGUAUGUGGAGUAUGUCAUUCAGAAGGAGCGGCCAGACGGCAUAUUCCUUAGUUUUGGUGGUCAGACCGCCCUCAAUCUCGGUGUCAACAUGAACAAAAAAGGCAUCUUUGAGAAAUACGGUGUGAAAGUCUUGGGGACGAGCAUCAAGACCUUGGAAACGAGUGAAGACCGUGAUCUGUUCGCCAAAGCUCUUGGUGAGAUCGAUAUCCCAAUUGCCGAAUCCAUUGCAGUAGGCACCGUAGACGACGCGCUAGACGCCGCAGAGAAGAUCGGGUAUCCCAUUAUUGUCCGUGCAGCAUACGCCCUGGGUGGUCUGGGUUCUGGGUUUGCGAACGACGCUGGGGAACUCAGGAAUCUGUCUGCCAGGUCAUUGACACUUUCCUCACAAAUCCUGGUGGAAAAGUCACUGAAGGGAUGGAAGGAGGCUGAGUAUGAGGUUGUCCGUGAUGCUAGCGACAACUGCAUUACUGUCUGCAACAUGGAAAACUUCGACCCUCUCGGCGUGCAUACCGGUGACAGCAUUGUCGUUUCUCCAAGUCAGACUUUCAGCGAUGAAGAGUACCACAUGCUCCGCUCUGCCGCAAUCAAGAUUGUACGCCAUCUUGGUGUCGUUGGCGAGUGCAAUGUACAGUACGCGCUACAACCUGACGGGCUGGACUACAGGGUCAUCGAGGUCAACGCCCGUUUAUCAAGGUCUUCCGCGCUUGCCUCCAAAGCCACGGGCUAUCCGCUCGCCUACACUGCCGCCAAAAUUGGGCUCGGACACACCCUACCGGAGCUUCCCAACGCUGUUACUAAAACCACCACGGCAAACUUUGAGCCUAGUCUAGACUACGUUGUCACCAAGAUGCCUCGGUGGGAUCUAGCCAAGUUUCAACAUGUCAAGAGGGACAUCGGAAGUUCCAUGAAGUCUGUAGGAGAAGUCAUGGCAAUUGGAAGAACAUUCGAAGAAUCUUUCCAGAAAGCUUGCCGGCAGGUUGAUCCCAAGUUCUUGGGCUUCCAGGGAGACAAAUUCGAGAACUUGGAUGACUCAUUGAAAAAUCCUACCGAUCGCCGGUGGUUGGCUGUUGGUCAAGCUUUGAUGCACGAAGGCUACACUGUAGACAGGGUUCACGACCUUACUAAGAUCGACAAGUGGUUCCUCUAUAAGCUGCAGAACAUUGUAGAUUGUACACACGAGCUCGAAGACAUAGGCAGCUUGUAUGGCCUGAAGAAGGAGGCCAUCCUGAAGGCGAAGAAGCUUGGAUUUUCGGACCGACAAAUCGCCAAAGCCGUCAAUGCAACCGAAGACGAAGUUCGAGCGCGUAGAAAGGGGUUUGGCAUCAAGCCCUGGGUCAAGAAAAUUGAUACGCUGGCCGCCGAGUUCCCUGCAGACACUAACUACCUAUACACGACAUACAACGCCUCGUCUCACGACGUAACCUUCGAUGACCACGGAAUUCUCGUUCUUGGGAGUGGAGUUUACCGCAUCGGAAGUUCCGUGGAAUUCGAUUGGUGCGCUGUAAAUGCCACCCUUUCACUAAACAAGCUCGGUAAGAAGACAGUCAUGAUUAAUUAUAAUCCGGAAACCUAUUCGACCGAUUUCGACGUUGCCGACAGACUGUACUUCGAAGAACUUAGCUACGAAAGAGUUAUGGACAUCUAUGAGCUCGAGUCAGCUAGCGGAGUCGUCGUAUCUGUCGGUGGUCAGCUGCCCCAGAACAUCGCUCUGAAACUGCAAGAGACUGGAAAGGCUAAAGUCCUCGGAACUGAUCCCAACGAUAUUGACAAAGCCGAAGACCGCCACAAGUUUUCGCAGAUCCUCGACUCGAUAGGCGUCGACCAACCCGCUUGGAAAGAGCUGACGUCAUAUGAAGAAGCGCAGGCUUUUGCCAAUUCCGUUGGAUACCCCGUUCUUGUUCGCCCAAGCUACGUUCUUUCUGGAGCUGCCAUGACGGUGAUCCGGUCUGAAGAUGAGUUGAAGGAGAAGUUGCUGGCUGCAAGCGAAGUCUCUCCCGACCAUCCCGUGGUGAUCACCCAGUACAUCGAAGGCGCUGAGGAGAUUGAUGUCGAUGCUGUCGCGUCGACCGGAAAAGUACUGGUCCACGCCGUGAGCGAGCAUGUGGAGAACGCGGGUGUGCACUCCGGUGACGCAACACUCGUCCUACCUCCCGCAAACUUGAGCAAGCGUACUAUAGAGAGGGUCAAAGAGAUCGCCGACAAAGUGGCCAAAGCAUGGAGCAUUACAGGACCUUUCAAUAUGCAAAUCAUCAAAGCAGCAGACCCCGAAGGUGGAGAACCAAAGCUGAAGGUCAUUGAAUGCAAUCUGCGCGCUUCGAGGUCGUUCCCAUUCGUCAGCAAGGUUCUCGGCACAAAUUUCAUUGACGUUGCCACAAAGGCUCUGGUUGGAAGAGAAGUUCCAGAACCAGUAGACCUCAUGGCAGUGAAGAGGGAUUAUCUGGCGACGAAAGUGCCGCAAUUCUCUUGGACCCGUCUUGCAGGUGCAGACCCGUAUCUUGGUGUUGAAAUGGCUAGCACAGGAGAGAUGGCCUGCUUCGGAAAGAACCUCGUCGAGGCAUACUGGGCUGCUAUGCAAUCCACCAUGAACUUCCGCCUUCCACAGCCUGGAGAGGGCCUACUGUUUGGCGGUGACAUUACUAGAGCGGAGCUUGCCAAGAUUGUGGACUACCUCAACCCCCUUGGCUACAAACUGUACGCCGCGAAUCAGAAGGUGAAGCAACACUUAGAGCAAUCCUCCCAAGACGGAAGUGUCAAGGUGGAAGUGAUUGAGUUCCCCGUUGAAGAUAAGAGAGCUCUCCGAGAAGUGUUCGAGAAGUACGACGUCCGUGGAGUGUUCAAUCUGGCCAGAACCCGUGGCGCCUCUCUCGUGGAUGAGGACUAUGUGAUGCGCAGGAACGCAGUCGAUUUUGGAGUGCCUCUGUUCAUGGAACCUAAAACUGCAGUCCUCUUCGCUCAAUGUAUGAGCGAGAAACUACCACUCAGAGAUGGAAUCCCUAGUGAGGUGCGCCCAUGGAGCGAUUUCAUCGGCGGACGACCGUUGUAGCGAGGGCAAACGGAUGGCAUUAUUUUUGAAGGUUUGAAAG